AUGCCCUCUCCACCUCCAGACUGGGUCAAGGCCCUCAAGCCGGGUGGCCCGCAGGGCUCCGAGCUGCUGGCUCAGGAGCGCGCUCAGUCCAAUGUGGACGUCCACAAACUCUCCGAGCUGCUACACACCAAGGAGCACUUGCAGCUUCAGGACAAGUUAGUCAAGAUGCUCUCGUCCGAGAAGGUGUUCGACAAGUCGCAAAACCAUUCUUUGGGUCGUGUUGAUCGCCUCCAGCGCUCGCUCGCCAAGGCGAAGCGCCUGCAGCAGUUGGCCGAGCAGCACAAGUGGAACAUGGAGGAGCUGCAUGCUGCGAACGAGUUGAUUGGAGAGCCCACUCCUUACGGUCUGCACGCUAGCAUGUUCUUGGUCACUCUCCGUGAGCAAGGAACCCCCGAGCAGCACAAGCUCUUCCUUGAGCGUGCUGAGAAAUACCAGAUCAUCGGAUGUUAUGCUCAGACCGAGUUGGGACACGGUUCGAACGUUCGCGGCCUCGAAACGACCGCCACCUGGAAUCCCGAGGACAAGACUUUCAUCAUCAACUCCCCCACAUUGACUGCCUCCAAAUGGUGGAUUGGUUCUCUGGGUCGCACAGCCAACCACGCCGUGGUGAUGGCUCAGCUUUAUAUUGCAGGCAAGAACUAUGGUCCUCACCCCUUCGUGGUCCAGGUUCGUGAUCUGGAGACCCACCAGCCCAUGGAAAAUGUUUACGUUGGCGAUAUCGGUCCCAAGUUCGGAUACAACACCAUGGAUAAUGGUUUCCUUCUUUUCAACAACUACAAGAUUCCCCAUGUCAACAUGCUCGCCCGCUUCUCCAGUGUCGAUAAGGCGACGAAUAAAUACGUACGCCCCUCGAUGCCCACUUUGGUCUACGGUACCAUGACAUGGGUUCGCUCCAACAUUGUCCUUCAGUCCGGUGGUGUUUUGGCCCGCGGUGUGACCAUUGCCACUCGGUACUGCGCCGUUCGCCGGCAGUUCCAGGAUCGCGAUGCGGAUCCCAACGCGGGUGAGACACAGGUUCUCAACUACAAGAUGGUGCAGGUCCGCCUGUUGCCUCUGUUGGCCUCCAUGUACGCCCUUCACUUCACCGGCCGUGGCAUGAUGCGUCUGUACCAGGAGAACCAGAAGCGCAUGCAGGCCGCUUCCACUCCCAACCAGGAAACUCGCGGCCCCGGACCCGAGGAGCUCCGCGCUGGUGCCGAUCUGCUGGCAGAUCUGCACGCCACUUCCUGCGGUCUCAAGGCUUUGGCGAGUACCACUGCUGGUGAAGGUCUUGAAAUCUGUCGUCGCACUUGCGGUGGCCACGGUUACAGCAGCUACAGCGGCAUUGGACCCUUCUACUCGGACUAUCUCCCCACUUUGACCUGGGAAGGUGACAACUACAUGCUCACCCAACAGGUGGCUCGCUACCUGUUGAAGUCGGCUCGUGCUGUCCUUUCGGGCAAGGCUGCUGACAACGAUACUUCUCGUAUCCUCCGCAACUACUUGGAUCGCCGUGAGAAGGGAGCCUCCUUUGACAUUCUGGAGGAGGACAACGACAUCGUGGCUGCCUUUGCCUGGCGCACGGCCCACCUCACCUUUGAGGCCCUGAAGCACCGUGACUCUGAGAAGCGCUCCUGGAACAGCCUGUUGGUUGACUUCUGGCGCCUGUCGACCGCCCACUCUCAGUACCUCGUGGUGAAGAACUUCUACGAGGCUGUGUCUUCUCCGGAGCUCUCUCAAUCCUUGGACCUUGAGACUAAGACAUUGAUGCACCAGCUCUUCCGCCUUUACUCUCUCCACACUCUCGAGCGUGAGGCUGCUGAGUUCUUCUCUUCUGGCGCCGUGACCGUCCGCCAGAUUGGUCUCACUCGCACAACUGCCGUGAUGAAGCUGCUCGACGAGAUCCGCCCACAUGCCGUCCGCCUUGUUGACGCCUGGGCCAUUCCCGACUGGCAACUGGACAGCAGUCUGGGUCGCUUCGACGGCGACGUCUACCCCGAUUUGUUCCGCCGCGCCAGCCAAGAGAACCCUGUCAACGACCUGGUCUUCGAUCCCUACCCCUGGAACGAGGCUCUGCUCAAGAACACUCCCCCCAAGAGCAAGCUUUGA